AUGUGCUUCCCCUUCCUGAUUGCCCGGAAACGAACAGGAAGCUUGUCCACGUACAGCAACCUCGUCCACGUCCAUCUAACGUAUCUGCACGAUGCCCACUGGCCAGCGAUCCUGGAGACACAGAAGAACAUCGACACUAAUAUGAGCGCUUCUGCCGACACCGACGUCUGGGCUGAGCGCGAAUAUGUUGAGUGCGACUCUACCAGGAGCUCAAAGUGCAACUCGAUUAACAAGAAUGAGGUUGGUGGGCCUUUUGCCCGAGCGAAGUCGAUGAAGAUGGCCAGCGGUAUGACCGUGCCCGACAAUGGGUCUGAGGUUGGACCGUUUGCCCGAGUGAGGUCGUUGAAGAUACUCGGCACCAUGACCGUGCCGGCACGGAUAAGUCGACCAUCCUGA